AUGCAAUUCAAAGAUGGGGGAAUAGAUCAGAGAUAUAAAGAAAGAAUGGAACAAAAAGCCAAUUUCAAGGCUGCCAAUUCUUUUGGAUCAACAAUUAUGAAUUCGUGUGCAUCAAAUCAAUUUAAAUCAAUUAAUGCAAAAUUUAAAGAAGUUUCUUCAACUUUGGAUCCAAAUUCUGCAUCAAUAUCAAAUAGUUUCAGUCAGAAAUCUUCAUCCCAACAACAGCAGCAUCAACAUCAACAACAACAAUGGUUUCAAUCUGUGUCUGAAUUAUUGGGAAUCAAUGUUGAUACAAUUCAAUCAGAUCAAGAUAAUUUUGAUACCAUAACGGAAUUAAUCAAGGACUUGAAAAAUAACCUUACAGAACAACAAAAAGUCAACUCUAGAUUGAACAAAGAGAAUAAUGAAUUAAAAGAAAAUAACAAAAACUUAGAAGGAGCUAUUUUCAGUCUUCGUAAAUGGGGAACAGAAAGAGAUGAGGAAAUGGAAAGAAUGUUGAAUACUAUAUCACAAUGUGAUCAUGAUAUGGCAAUUCAUGAACAAGAUGCAAUUAGUAAAAAAAAUGAACUUGAAAAACAAAUAUAUGGAUUAAAAACUGAAAUUUUCAAAUUUAAAGAAACUGAAGUUUGUUUAAAAGAAGAGAUUGAAAAUUUGAAAAAACUUGAACCUGAAUUGGAAAAUUCAAAAUUAAAAAUUGAAGAAUUAAAUAAGGAUAUUAAAGUAUUGGAAAAUAAAAAUUUAAAUUUAAAGAAAAUUGCAAGAGAAAGAGAAUUAAAAUGUGAAAAAUUAGGAUCUCAAUUAUCUUCAACAAGAUCGAAAUAUUCAAAUAAAUUAAGAUCAAUUGGUAUAGAAACUGGGAAAACUAUUGAUUCAUUAUUGGUUGAAUUAAAAUUAGUUAAAGGAAUUAAUGAAAAACUUUUAAAUAAUUCAAUCCCAUCACCAGAAGAAGUAAAUGAUCUUCAAACAAAAUCAUUUGAUGAAUUGUAUAAUUAUUUUGCUAAAGAAACACCACAACAUUAUGUUCAAAAAGUAUAUGAAAAUAGAUAUUUAUCGUCAUUACUAGCUUUAAAACAAACUACUGAUUCAAAUGAAAUUCAUCAUACUACUAUUGAAUCAUUAUUAAAAUUAAUUUGUUCAUAUUUUGAUAAAUUUCCAUCAUUGACUCAUGAACAUGUAGUAUAUUUCCGUACUUUGGUUAAUGAAUUUCAUAAAAGAAAAAUGUUAAAAAAUGCAGAUAUUGAUUUCAUCAAGAAAAUUUUGAAUACAUAUGAUCAGAUGAUGGAAGUAGCUACGGAUGAAUCUAUGCUAGACUGUGUUGCUUCUUAG